AUGAGCGAAUCGACCGAGCCCAUUCAUGACGGCGUGGACGAGUUUGUCUACGAUCCGAUACGAGUGUCUCUGCUUGCUACUAUCGACGAUGAGGACUCUGCAUAUAAUGACCUCGAAAAGGUCGAUCGCUACUCCCUCUUCGAGACUCAAACGAUUGAUAUAUGGGAAACCAAUACGCAAGGAGUUCGAUUUGUCGACAGAAAUUAUCCCAUUUCACGCCGGCUACCGGAAGACCUGUUCGAGGCAUAUCAUCCUUCUGUGGCCGGAGGAGGUCGCUUGGCUCUACGACUCCUCUGCACACGGCCAGUCUUGAGUAGCAAUCAGACAGCUCGGCAUAAUGACUUGGCCCGCGCAGACGAGAGACAACUCAAUUAUCUUCCGUUCCUUCCGAACGAAAUGCAGGAACUCAUCCAACAAUGGGGUCUUCACCGAGAGUAUACCUGGAUGAGACUGAUGUCCUGA